GAAGGAUUCCCAUGAAGAUGCACAUAGCAUUGUAUCUCCUAAGUUUGUUUUUAAUGCAGGACUUCCACUGUAACAUGCAGGCAGCAGCAAACAUCCAGCUUAGGGAUCAUGGCUAUGAAAACAUAAUUAUCGCAAUCCAUGCACACGUUCCAGAAGAUCCGCGCAUAAUCACUAAUCUCAAGAAAAUGGUAACAGAAGCAUCACAUUACCUAUUUAAUGCCACAAAACGAAGAUUCUUUUACAGAGAAGUGAAGAUUCUAAUACCAUCUAGCUGGAAAGCAUACAGCUUGCAAAAACCAAGACAUGAAGCCCAUCAGAUGGCAAGUAUAAUAGUCAGCAACCCAAAUGCAUAUUAUGGAAAUGAUCCAUAUACGUUACAUUACGGAGGAUGUGGAAAUGAAGGACGAUACAUACAUUUUACUCCUGACUUCCUAAGCGAUGAUAAUCUUCUUUUGAUUUAUGGUCUGCGUGAGAAGGUAUUUGUCCAUGAAUGGGCUCACUUCCGAUGGGGAGUAUUUGAUGAAUACAGCUAUGAAGAACCAUUUUAUAUUUCAGUUGAUGGUAAAAUUAAAGCUACAAGAUGUUCCUCAGAUUUAGCUGGCAUGUAUAUUUGUAAGAAAACCUCCUGUUCAAAUGGAAAUUGUAUAAUUGAUCCUCAAACUGGGAAUUUAGAAGCGGGAUGCAUGUUUUUAGCCAACAGAACCCAGACUGCGAAAUCAUCUAUAAUGUAUAUGCAAGCGUUAUCUUCGGUUGCAGAAUUUUGUUAUGAUCAUGACCAUGAAAAAGAAGCUCCAAAUAUGCAGAACAAAAUGUGCAGUUAUCGUAGCACUUGGGAGGUUAUUAGUAGUUCUUAUGACUAUAAAUCCACAUUGCCAAAGUCAGGAACAGAACUUCCAUCACCGCCAUCCUUUUCACUUAUGCAGAUCAGGGAAAGGGUUGUCUGCCUAGUUUUGGAUGUCUCUGAAAAUAUGGCUAAGAGUAAACGGCUUCACCAAUUGCGUCAAGCAGCAGCCAUCUUCAUACAGCAGAUAGUUGAAGAAGGCUCAUACCUUGGCAUUGUUGCAUUCAAUGAAACAGCGGAUGUGAAAAAUCAACUACUUCACAUUAGCAGCGAUGACAUACGAAGAAACUUUAUCUCAAAUCUUCCAGUUACAUCUGGUGGAGGAGUGUCAAUCUGCAGUGGGAUCUCAUCUGCCCUGCAGGUGAUCAAAGGUUUAGAUGGAGGAACAGAAGGUUCUGAAAUCAUCUUGGCUGUCAGUGGAAAUGAUAGAAAUAUCAAUAAAUGUUUAUAUGAAGUGUCACUGGGUGGCUCAGUUAUCCAUACCAUUGCAAUAGGACUCGGUGCUGAUCCGGAAUUGGAACAGUUUGCUGAAAUAACAGGAGGAUUAACAUUCUAUGCUUCAGAUGCAAAUGACUCAGAGAAUUUAAUUAGAGCUUUUAUGGGAAUAUCUCCAAAACAUGGAAAUAUUGGAGAACCAUUUGUAGUGAUAAAAAGCAUUCAGAAGCCUGUUAAAGCCGGUGGUCUUUUAUUUGGGUCCAUGGUUGUAGACAGUGGUGUGGGGAAUGACACUACGUUCAUUAUAACCUGGCAGGCCUCUGAGCCACCUGAUGUUGUCAUUAAGAACUCCAAUGGAUACAGAUACACAUAUCUUGAGCAUGAUAAUGCCUCACAUGUCUCUUAUUUAAAAAUUCCAGGAAUUGCUCAGAGCGGCAUAUGGCAAUAUAGAAUAAAAAACAGCUUAAAUGACAGUCAGACGCUUGGUGUUCUAGUUACCUCAAGACCAUCGUCUGAAAUCAAGCCAACUGUACAUGUCACCGCUGGAAAAAUCAGCAAUACAAUCACUUCCCCGCAUUCAGUUACGUUAUUUGUGGAGGUUAAACAUGGAUUCACAGCCGUGCUGGGAGCUAAUGUGACUGCUGUCAUUGAGCCAGAAAAUGGAGAUCCUCUCACUUUAACACUCCUUGACGAUGGAGCAGGUGCUGAUGUUACCAAGGGAGAUGGUAUUUAUUCCAUCUUUUUAUUCCGCUUCUCUAAUAAUGGUAGACAUUCACUGAAAAUGUAUGCUGAGUGGACAAACACUACUUCCCUGAAGCCUCCUCAAAGCAAUCCAGCCAUGUAUGUCCCCGGUUACAUCGAAAAUGGCACCAUCAAUAUGAACCCUCCUCGACCAGUUUAUAAAGAUCAGAGCACAAAUGAAAUGUUCAGCAGAGUCCUGUUUCUGGGUAGUUUCAUAGUUGUAAAUGUCUCUCUGUACUCAUUGGAUGAGGAUCAUUUCCCCCCAUGUAAAAUAACUGACCUUGAAGCAAAAAUGGAAAAUGAACAUGUGGUAUUGUUUUGGACAGCACCGGGUGACGACUAUGAUCAGGGAGCUGCUUCAGAUUAUGACAUUCGUACAAGCACCAAUCCAUUCAUUUUAAGGCAGCACUUUUCCAGAGCCACAGUCAUCAAUGUUUCGUACACCAAACCAAAGGAUGCAGGCACCAGAGAGAUGUUCAUAUUUAGGUUGGGAAACAAGACUGCAGACCAGGGCAUCAUCGCAUAUAUUGCAAUCCGCUCUACAGAUAAAACUGGGCAAAGGUCAGAAGUAUCUAACUUGGUUCAUGUGACCAGGCCCAGGUUUCAGGAGGAAGACACUAACCAUGCUUACUCCGCAAAUGUUGUAAACAGCAGUACAACCGCUGUAAUAGUCUCUGCUGCAUUUGCAAUUUUUCUUUGUCUUGCCCUAGUAGCUGCUGUAUAUAAGAGGAGGAAAUGUUCCUUUUAUGGAUUAACUAAUCAGAAAGCUGACAAUGGAUCACUGACAAACUAUAGAGUUACACAACAACAACAAAGGUACACAAAGUGCCAGAAUGAAGAAUUUUGUCAGCAGGGGAUGUCAAGUGGUGAUGGGGAUCUACUUGGAGAACAUACAGCUGUGUUGGAAGAAAUUAAAAUUGAUUAA